AUGGAUGGAAACCAAUUUGUAGUAACUUGUUCGAUUUCACAGAAUAAAAAUUCUUUCAUCCCUACCUACGCUCUUAUUGAUACCGGAGCAUCAGGAUACCCUUUCAUUGACGAAUCUUUUGCACGCCACAACAAUCUUACAAUGACCCCUCUUAAAAUACCUCGCCAUGUAGACGUUAUAGACGGAAGGACUAUUAAAUCAGGAAAAAUCACCCAUAUUGUCGAUGUCUCGCUGGACAUUCAUGGUCAUCGGGAGACUGCGCCAUAUUUUGUGACGAAGUUAGGACACUAUCCGAUUGUGAUGGGGAUACCUUGGAU